AUGGUGUUCAACAAACUAAAUUCCCUUUUCAAUCAAUGUUGCUUCCUAGGAAAUGUCCGAGAAUCGUCGACCAGCUUUGGCAUCAUAAACUUGCAAAAACAAUUAUUGUCUAACACAUUAGGUUUGGGCUUUCAAGAUCAAAUCAACGAUGUUGACGAUGGGAUCAAAGUGAUUUUGCAACGACUUUCUAACAAGAAAGUCUUGCUCGUUCUUGACGAUGUGGAUGAUGAGGAGCAACUCCAGAAACUAGCCAUCAACCACAUUAUGUUCGGCUUAGGAAGCAGAGUUAUUAUGACAAGUAGGAACAAAAGCAUCAUAAAAUCCAACAAAACUUUGGAGUAUGAAGUGAAGCUGUUGGAUAAUGUUCGAUCACUAGAGCUUUUCAGUCGACAUGCUUUUAGAAGGAAUCCUCCUCCAGAUGAUUAUGUCAAUCUUUCGAGACAAAUAAUUUCUAUGACUGGAGGACUUCCUUUGGCUCUUGAAGUCAUAGGCUCAUUGGUUUAUCGUCUAAACAAAGCCUCAUGGUACGAUGUGAUAGACAAUUUGAGAGAAAUACCUCCUGAGAAGGUCCAGGACAAGUUGAAGAUCAGCUACAAUGCCUUGAAUCAUGAGCAACAACAGAUUUUUCUCGACAUCGCAUGUCUCUUUGUGGAUGAGGAAAAGACGAAUGCACUCUACAUGUGGAAGGAUUAUAACUGA